AGUUUCCACAGUCAACACUAAUCGAGGUAGGAUCCCCUACAACAAAGAAAUGCACAGGAUUGACGCAGUAGUGACAUUUUUACAAACAUUAUCACGUAUAUAAUCAAUUAGUCAGUCCCUUUUUUUAUGGAGAACGGCAACCCCCAUCUGGACAUUAAUUACAAUUCUGCAAACAUUGCAUUAUUAGAACAUUGUUGAAACAGCGAAAGCCCUGAAGUGAAUCCUACUUUACUGAACAGUACUUGGGAAGGUGUCAGUUUUUGUCAUAUGAACCGUGACUCGCAGGCUGACUGUGGAUGUAGUGGUAGGGACUGUCUGCCCACUGUGCUGCUGUCAACACGGAAGCGAAAGAAAGACUUCCCGCUGGCCACUAAGUCAUUCCUUUUUGGAAACAGUUGAAGGUAAACAUCGUCGCCUGUCCAGACAUGUCUACUGCGUACAGAAACAGAAUACAGGAGUUCAAAGUAGCUUUGGGUGGAGAAAACAUAAACCUGAAGACACUGAGGGAACUGUGCUUCAAUGGAAUCCCAUUUGAAGGAGGCAUACGAGCACUCUGCUGGAAAAUUCUUCUCAAUUACCUACCUCUUGAUCAGACACUGUGGGAGUCUUUCCUCAAAAAGCAGAGGGAGGUGUAUUCCCAGUUCCUAAAAGAAAUGAUCAUCCAGCCUGGCAUCGCCAAGGCCAACUUGGGCCUUUCUAGAGAAGAUGUCACAAUGGAGGACCAUCCUCUAAAUCCCAAUCCAGACAGCAGGUGGAAUACCUACUUCAAAGAUAAUGAAAUUUUACUGCAGAUUGACAAGGACGUAAGGCGAUUGUACCCUGACAUGGCAUUUUUCCAACGUCCCACUGAAUACCCCUGCCAGCUUAUCCUGGACCCUCAGAAUGAUUAUGAGACACUACGCCGACGAGUGGAACAAACCACCCUGAAAGCACAAACUGUAAACCGCAACCGCAGUGGAGUCACCAAUGUCAGCUCACCUGGAAAAGCUCUGAACCUGUAUCCAUCCAAUGAAUAUGAAGUGCUGCCCAAUGGCAGUGAAGCACACUGGGAGGUAGUGGAGCGGAUCCUUUUCAUCUAUGCCAAACUUAACCCUGGGAUUGCAUACGUACAGGGCAUGAAUGAGAUUGUUGGGCCGAUUUACUACACUUUUGCCACAGAUCCGAACAGCGAGUGGAAAGAGCACGCUGAAGCAGAUACCUUUUUCUGUUUCACCAACCUGAUGUCAGAGAACAGAGACAAUUUCAUCAAGAGCUUGGAUGACUCUCAGUGCGGCAUCACGUACAAGAUGGAGAGUGUUUACUCCAUGCUCAAAGACAAAGACCUGGAGCUCUAUCUCAAACUGGAAGAGCAAAACAUCAAACCCCAGUAUUUCACAUUCCGCUGGCUCACCCUGUUGUUAUCUCAGGAGUUCCUUCUACCAGAUGUCAUCCGCAUCUGGGACACCCUGUUUUCUGACCAGGACCGAUUCCAUUUCCUCAUCCUGGUUUGCUGUGCCAUGCUCAUACUUAUCAGAGAUAGCUUGCUGGCAGGAGACUUCACAGUGAACAUGAGAUUACUUCAGGAUUACCCCAUCUCAGAUGUCCACACCAUUCUGAUCAAGGCCAAAGAGCUGCAGGAUAAUUCAUAACCUGCUCCCUCUUUUCCUUCUGACUUCUCCACUGACAUGUGGUAGGUGGUAGUUUAAAAACAUUUUAAAACAUUGUCAUGUCAAACAUGUAUCGUGUAUGGACUUGAUCAAUGAAGAGACUGAACAGAUGCAUUGGGAAAACUCUUUAUAACUCAAUGUCUGAUGUUUGACCUUUGAGGACUUCAGUGAAAAUCGAGAAGACGCAUUGAAACUGUUUCUUCCUCGAUGUGAGAAGGGAGGGGGCAACACUUGCUUCACAAUGUAUUAUGGGAAAUCCCUCCCUUGGUACCUGUUCCUCCUGCCCUCACAGCCAUCUCUCCCAUGGAGACAUGUGCUCAGAUAAAUAUGUUGGCAGUGAACAUCUGAGGGAGAUGAAGCCACCGUAAUACUACACUACGGAUGUUAGUUUAUCAUGAAAACAUACCAGAAAUGUUCAACAAUGGAGCCAAGAAAAAUCCAGCUGCAAUCAUAUAUGUAGUCGUAUUGAGCAGGUGUUUGUGUUCAGCAAUAGUGCAUGUUUGUACUUUAAGAGUUUCUUAAUUUUUUGAAGUCUUUUUUAAAUGUAAGAGACAUGUAUGCCUUAUUUGUUUAAUGAGGUGGAACAGGAAACAUUUUUGGGUAUAUUUUCAGCUUGAUAAAAUAAAUAUGAAGUGAUGAGCCUGACCUAUUCAGUAUUGUAUUAGUAGCCUUCUGGAAAUCCUUGUCAUCUCAACAAUGUGCUUUGAUCCAUUGGAAAUGUAAGUUAAAUUCCUUGUAAAGUCAAUGUAGAAACAAACCACAAUUGAAAGACGGGCAUUGUUUUUCACACUGAACAUUACUUUCAGGGUUUUUUCCCAGCCUGUAUACAUAUAUAUAGCUCUGUACAAGGUUUAUUACAGUACUUUAUACCAUUGGGAAUCGUUCAUUGUGACUGACCAGACGACAUCCAUUAUUUUCAAUUAAUGUAUGUCUGACACAGCGGCCUUAUCUCUGUUCAUAGUUCACACUCAGCCUUCUGGUUUCCACUGUUGCUGACCUACUACUAGUAGUUAGGCUUCAUUUUUUUCCCAGCAUUAGUGCUACAUGAUACCAAUUUUGUGGUUUUAGUAGAUAUCAUUUACAAUAUACAGCUUAUUUAAUUGUUGUACAUGAGCAAAUGAAAUCAGAGGUCCAAAAUGUGACAUGACGCUUCAAUGCAAGCAUCCAACAAAUGACUUAACUUAAAUAAAAUGGCCGUUGUAUAAAUUGGGAUUUUGUGGUGAAACAAGUUCAGUAAGAAUUUUACGAUUGUAACCUGGGUCAUUCUGUGUGGUUUCACCAGAUGGUGGUUGCCGCACCAUUUUCAAAUUAUUCCUAAAUUUGCAUGCCAUUAGACAGUCACAAAAGUACUUUCUAUGCAAAAUUGUAGGCCUGUAGCUCAAAUAGUUUCUGAGUUGUGGGGGCAUAGCUCAGUGGGUAGAGUGGCCGUCUCGCAACUGGAGGGUUGCGGUUCGAUCCCCGGCCCGUCGAGCUCAUGUCGAGGUGUCCCCGAGCAAGACACCUAACGCCUAAUUGCUCCUGGUGGGUUGUGGUUAGCGCCUUGCAUGGCAGCUUCCGCCAUCAGUGUGUGAAUGGGUGAAUGCGACAUAUCAUGUAAAGCGCUAUAUAAAUACAACCAUUUACCAUUUUAAAUUACUGAAAAGCAAAAAACGAUUUUGACAUUGCCCAUGCCAUUUUGAGUAAGAAUAUCUCUGUAACUACAAAUAUAACCCUGCUGCUUUUUUGUACAGUGAUAGAAGACAGAUAGAACUGUCUUGUAGAAAAAUUUGGGGUCUCUGGUACCUGUCCCACACUGAUAUUUUUGCCACCAAACAUAGUCAAUUAAAAAUCUCGUCCAGCUUCGGGAGCUCAUAUUUUCCACACUGAGGUACCUUGAAAGCUCCAGUUUGCUAAGUUAUCACACAAGUUUGUGUAGAAUGGAACCCAGAACACUUAGAACACUUCUGUGCAGUAUUUCUAGUACUUUUAAGGUCCCAAACCCCACUCGUUAGUAGGUAUCUCUUAAUUUUUAGCAUUUUUAGCAAGCCCCCAUGGCCUGCAGAGUGUAGGAAAACACCUGAGGAUGUUUAUGGGGCACUAUCUACAUGCAGAGGCCUUGUUUACCAACUCACAGCUCUCUGGUAUGUCUAGAGGCUGAGAAUUAACCACUUGAAGAUGCAAAAAACCCUGGCGAGGCUUUUUAUUGCCCAAAUUCUGAAAAUUGCAGACCCCCACAACUCAGAAACUAUUUGAGCUACAGGCCUACAAUUUUGCAUAGAAAGUACUUUUGUGACUGUCUAAUGGCAUACAAAUUUAGGAAUAAUUUGAAAAUAGUGCGGCAACACCCUCAAGGAAUAUCUGGUCAUUUCACCUGGAAUGACCCACCAGGUGUUUAAAGCCAACUUAUACCUGACUGUUUUCAAUGCACUGUACCAUAUUUUAGUCAUUUUAUAGUGAGCCAGUGCCUAAUGAUUCUUCCUUUUGUAUUUUGACUUGAAGCUGACAAACAUGUUGCCACCAUACAUUUUUUAUUUACCUAGUUAAUGAGAUACUGGCAAGUGAAAAUGACUCGGACAAAACUAAAGUCUACUUGACCCUGUAAAAACACACGCACGCCACAAACAGGAGCUAAAUGUGUUAUGAAAUACCCUGCAUUUCCAAAGCAGCCAUUGGGGGAUUGCAUUGUGCCAAGGUAACUUGCAUCAAUAGAGUAAUAAUUCAAAUACACAUAAGUUUGGGCAGCUAUGGGCAAUGACAUAUUUUGUGGAUUUUUGUGAAUACAAACCCUGCAUAAUGCAAUAUUACAUUUUUGUUUUAUUUGCCCUUGGGUGCCUAGACAUGUGCAUACUUUGCAUAUGUUUGCAGCUAUGUUUUAAUUUUGUCUACACUCAUAUUGAAUGCUAAACUGUUGGCCAGAGGAUUUUAAUUAUGUUCAGAUAAUUCCAUGACUGAGAUGGCCAUAAUUGAUAACCAUUUUGUAAGGAUAUCAUGCUAGUUUAUAGGGAUGUCAUGAUACCAGAAAUGUGCUAGUCUUCACAAAUCAAAACGGCUAUGCUAACACAAAUGCACACCGUUACAAGUUGAGAGACUGAACAGUAAUUACAAUUGCUAUUAAAGGCAGUGUUAAAACUU